GAUUAACCCCAAAAUAACUUGAAUAAUUGACACUAACAACCCAUACUAAAACAUCUAAGGAAAAAGACAAACCAUAUUACAAAAACUAUACCCCACUUUACAUUUUUUUUCAAUUUCUCACUCUUUUUUGUCUUUUUACUUCUGCUUUCUUUUCUUUCCUCUUCCACGUUCUUCCACUCUAGUACAGUUUCUUUCUCCUUUCCAUUUUUUCGUCAAAUAUAUUACACUCUUUCACUCCACCCCUUUUCUUCACGGACUUCCUCUUUCUUUCAAUCAAUCAAUCACUUUCAUUUUUAUUUGUGUUUCUUCUGAUCUGGUUGAUUAUUUUCAAAUAAUUUUCUUAAUCGUAAUUUGAUUGAAUCUCAAUUUGAUUUCUGGGAUUGAUGCUCUUCAGCUCGAAUGUAAGAUGAUGAAUGGCAAUUUUGUGAAUAAAUCGAGUAAAUCGGGGUAUUUUGGGCAGAUAUUCGAGAUGUUUUUUCGGCCAUUGAUCCACUCUCCUGCUAGAUCUUCGAUCGUUGUUUUCUUGUUUCUCUCUCUUCUCGUCGGUGCUUUCCUCUCUACUCGUCUCCUUGAUUACUCUUCUAAUGUUGAAAGAUCCACGCAGCAAGCUUUUUCAUCUGUCAUUUCAAGUAGUCAGAUGGCAACAUCAGAUACUUCACAAUAUACCAACUCUAACAACACGACCUCUGAGACACCCAAAAAGGCUCACAAAAAAAUUGUAAUUCCACUUCAAUGUUCUGAUGAUAACAUGACACAAACCUGCCCAGCAGGUUAUCCUGAAAAACUAGAGUUGGAUCCUGAUGCUCCUCCUCCUCCCACAUGCCCUGAAUACUUUCGAUGGAUAUAUGAAGAUCUUCGGCCUUGGCAGAAGGACGGUAUAACAAGAGAUAUGGUGGAGGCAGCUAAAAGAACUGCCAAUUUCAGAUUGGUGAUAUCUAGUGGAAAGGCCUAUGUUGAGAGAUAUCAAAAGUCAUGGCAGACCAGAGAUGUUUUCACCCUCUGGGGAAUUUUACAGCUGUUAAGGAGGUACCCUGGUAGAGUGCCAGAUUUAGAGCUCAUGUUUGAUUGUGUUGACUGGCCAGUAAUAGCUAAACGCUUUCAUCAUCCCAAUAAUGGGGCUCCUCCUCCGCUGUUUCGUUAUUGCGGAGAUGAUAGAACAUGGGACAUCGUAUUCCCUGAUUGGUCCUUUUGGGGAUGGGCCGAGAUUCACAUGAAGCCAUGGGAGUUUUUAUCGAAGGACCUAGAAGAAGGAAACAAGAGAAUGAAGUUUGAGGAGAGAGAGCCUUAUGCUUUCUGGAAAGGAAAUCCCUUUGUUGCUCCACACAGGAUGGACCUUCUCAAGUGUAAUGUCACUGACAGGCAGGACUGGAAUGCUCGCUUGUAUAUACAGGAUUGGGGUAAAGAAGCACAACAAGGAUUUAAACAGUCAGACUUGGCAAGCCAAUGCGUAGACAGAUACAAGAUCUACAUUGAAGGAUCAGCAUGGUCAGUCAGCGAGAAGUAUAUCCUCGCAUGUGAUUCUGUUGCUUUGAUAAUGAAGCCACUGUACUAUGACUUCUUCUCGAGAAGUUUGAUGCCUUUGGAGCACUAUUGGCCUAUCAGUGUGGACGACAAGUGUAGGUCUAUUAAGUUCGCUGUUGAAUGGGGGAAUAAUCACAUGCAAAAGGCCCAGGCCAUUGGGAAGACUGCCAGCAAUUUCAUUCUAGAAGAUUUGAAGAUGGACUAUGUAUAUGAUUACAUGUUGCAUCUGCUUACUGAAUAUUCUAAGCUCUUAAAAUUCAAGCCCACAAUAUCCAAAAAUGCUGUCGAGCUUUGUUCAGAGACUAUGGCGUGCCCUGCAGUGGGAUCAGAGAAGAAGUUUAUGAUGCAAUCUCUGGUGAAGGGUCCUUCAGAUACAGCUCCAUGCAGCAUGCCGCCCCCUUAUGACCUGGCUGCUCUUCAAGGUUUUCUGAGGAAAAAAACCAAUGCAGUGAAACAGGUAGAAAAGUGGGAGAAAGAUUACUGGUCUAAUCGAACUCAACAGCAAUAGAUAGGUCUUUACGCUUUAGAUAGGUAAAAAGAAAAUCAUAAAAGUUCUUGUUAUUUAUUAGACCAAGCGCUUUAUGCUCAAAUUUUUUGUUAUUAUUAUCAUCGGAGUGUAUUUACAGACUAUACACGACACUAGAUAGAUAUAUGUAGAGAUUUUAGUGAGACUGGAAAUUUUAUUCCUCCAUAUUAUUCUUCCUACCUAUAUAAAAUGAUUCAACGAAUCAGAUGAUACACUCAGAUGUACAUAACUUUAGCUUAUUACGAAAUGUAGGUAAAAUAAAAGUAGAAAUUAUGAUUUUAUUUUUAUUUUUA